CUGAGACUCAGUGACAGGCAGUACCCUGACCGGAGAGUAGAGUUGGACAUACCCACUGAAGCAGACAACAGCUCAACUCGGGACAGACUUUGAAUAACUAUUCGGCGACAUAACUUUUCAGUUUGUAAAGUAAACAGACAACAAGGGAGAUUUUACGCACGAAAAAUGCAGCCCCUCUGUCACCAACUGCUCAGCUUGCUGUUCGUUUUCAGCAGCCUUCAGAUCCAUCAACUCACAGAGGCUUGCUCGUGUGCUCUGUCUCACCCGCAAGAUGCGUACUGCAACUCUGACAUUGUGAUCCGUGCCAAAGUGGUGGGCAAGAAGUUACUGAAGGACGGGCCUUUUGGCACCAUGCGUUACACGGUCAAACAGAUGAAGAUGUACAAAGGAUUCAACAAAAUGCAGCACGUUCAGCACAUCUACACAGAUGCCUCUGAGAGUUUGUGUGGAGUCAAGUUCGACAUCAACAAGUACCAGUAUCUGAUCACAGGCCGCGUGUUUGACGGCAAGGUCUACACCGGGCUGUGUAAUUUCAACCAGCCAUGGGAGCGCCUCUCGCUGGCCCAGAAGAAGGGCAUCAACCACCGCUACCAGCUGGGCUGCAACUGCAGGGUGAGUGGCAACAACUGCGCUCUCGGGGAGAAUAUGGAUGAAGUGGCUCCGGGGGAGAAUAUGGAUAAGAUGGCUAUGGAGAAGGAAGCUAAAGCAACCCAACAGCAGCAGAGCCAAGAUGGAGGAGUAGGAGCCAGAAAGAGGGGCAGGGGCCGGGGCAGAGGCAGAGGCCGGGGCAGAGGCAGGCAGAACCAGAACACCCUGCUUACUGCAAAGCAUACCAUCCUGCUCUGAGCAGCUCUCUGCUCGUCUAUCUCGAAGACUUCUUACCACAGUUGGGGUUGCCCCUCUUCAAAGACACAAGGCACUUCAUAAUCUCCAUAUGUUAUUCGAUAUCGGAUAUUGGCUGUAGAAUAGGAGGGGAAAUAAUGUGUUCAUUUUAUGAUCAUAAUGACUUUAGUGGCCUUGCAUAUAUUGGGUCAAAUAGAUUAUGCUGAUGAACUGCGACCAAUUAUGAAAUCCUUGCCAAACCAUUUAAAACGUUUCCCUCUUCUUAAGUGUAGCACAAUACAAGCAUGACUAUCAAAAUAUAUACCAAAUCAUUUUGAUUAUGUAAUUGUAACUUUUCUGAUUGUAGGGACAUACUAAUUCCAGAUAGUGGCUGAAUGAUAUAAUGUAAAGGUUUAAGCUGUCAGGAAUAUAUAAGUGUCCCCUUUCCGUUUUGGCAUCAUAACGGAUAAUACACAUCCAUGAAUGUAACUGAAGAGACAGAUGGGAAGACGAGGAGAGAGAGAAAAGAGAGAUUUAUAAUGAUCUUUGGGAGUUAUUAAAUCAUUUAUCUACACUGGAAUUACAUUCCCUGUUAUUCCAAACCCUGAAUUGAGCGCUCGGUCGGAACUCCUUUAUGCGGGACCUGCUCCUGUGCAGCUCCAGUCCAGGCUCAUAAAUAUCCUGCUGUACUGCAUGGCUCCAGACACACCAUCUGGUCUGCCCAUCACAGCCCCAUCAACAACAAUAAGUGCAUUGCCAGACAGGAGUUUCUACGGAGUCCAAAUGCUGUCCAACACCUUUCAAACUGCUCACACCCAAACUGCUUAAAGGGUUGUAAUGUUAAGACACGUUAGGCGUACAGUGAGUCUUAGAGGCCAACAUAGAACAAUGGAGGUGAACGUAUGCCUGAGACCAAACAUGGCAAGUCAGCAUCAGGAAUGAAAACAAACUUGGACAGAACUCGCCAUGGUAGAAGCGUAGUUUAUGUUGUUUAUUGUCCAUUUCAGUUCAAAUGUAAUCUUUAAUCUGAAGGGGGGAAAAAAUCACACACAAAUGUGUUCUAGCAAUAGGCUGCUGCUACACAAUACCUCAUUGUGUGAACCCCUAUGAAGCAGCAUGCUAACUGUCUGAGAAGACAAGUCAACAGACAGACAGAGGCAGUGCAGACACAGCCCUCUCUGUGGUUCUUAUAUCAAGUGCAAGAACCUCCUAGAGAUCCCUUAGAGUGCGAACGUCACACUUCACUGAUGCUAAAACCACGGUUUGUCAUCUUUUGCAUUCUUCAACAAAUGAUGAUUUACAGCUAAGGAAUGCAGGAAGCAUGUGCAAAUAAUCCACUGCAGUGUAUUAAAAACCAUUGGCCUCAGUAAAUGAUUAAAAAGCUAACUGUCCAUAACAUAGCCCCAUGAACACCAGAACUAGUUAAACUUCAUUGAAAAUGCUUGCACGAUAUGGACCAUAACGAAUGCGUUCAGCUUCACCCAUAUUGCUCAAGCUCUCUGCUGUCGAUUCCUCUGGCUCUGUCAUUACUGUACACACAGCUUUUACUGAAACACCUCUUUGGAUUUCUCUAAAACUCACAGUGUAUUUGUCAGUUAGUUUCUCAGUUUCUAAUUUCUCACCUUUAAAGACAUUUGGCAGGCUAUACAGUGCAUUCGGAAAGUAUUCAGACACAUUUUGUUACCUUAAGAGGCUUAUUCUAAAAUGGAUUACAUUGUCGUCGUCGCCCCCUCCCCCCUCGUGACGCUACAAGUUUGGCACACCUGUAUUUGGGGAUUUUCUCCCAUUCUUCUCUGCAGAUCCUCUCAAGCUCUGUCAGGUUGGAUGGGGAGCAUUGGUGCACAGCUAUUUUCAGGUAUCCCCAGAGAUAUAUGAUCGGAUUCAAGUCCGGGCUCUGGCUGGGGCACUCAAGGACAUUAAAAAACUUGUCCCAAAGCUACUCCUGCGUUGUCUUGGCUGUGUGUUUAGGGUCGUUGUCCUGUUGGAAGGUGAACCUUCGCCCGAGUCUGAGGUCCUGAGCGCUCUGGAGCAGGUUUUCAUCAAAGAUGUACUUUUCUCCAUUUAUCUUUCCCUCAAUCCUGACUAUUCUCCCAGUCCCUGCCGCUGAAAAACAUCCCCACAGCAUGAUGCUGGCACCACCAUGCUUCACCGUAGAGAUGAAAGUUCCAGGUUUCCUCCAGACGUGAUGCUUGGUAUUCAGGCAAGAGUUACAUUUUGGUUUCAUCACACCAGAGAAUCUUGUUUAUCAUGGUCUGAGAGUCCAUUAGGUGCCAAAGUCCAAGCGGGCUUUCAUGUGCCUUUUACUGAAGGCACUCAACCAUAAAGGCAUGAUUGGUGGAGUGCUGCAGAGAUGGUUGUCCUUCUGAAAGGUUCUCUCAUCUCCACAGAAGAACUCUGGAGCUCUGUCAGUGACCAUCGGGUUCUUGGUCACCUCCCUGACCAAAGCUCUUCCCCCCGAUUGCUCAGAUUGGCCGGGUGGCCAGCUCAAGGAAGAGUCGGUGGUUCCAAACUUCUUCCAUUUAAGAAUGAUGGAGGCCACUGUGUUCUUGGGAACCUUCAAUGCUGCAGAACAUUUUUGGAACCCUUCCCCAGAUCUGUGCCUUGACACAAUCCUGUGUCGGAGCUCUACGGACAAUUCCUUCGACAUCAUGGCUUGGUUUUUGCUCUGACAUGCACUGUCAACUAUGGGACCUUAUAUAGAGAAGUGUGUGCCUUUUUAAAUCAUGUCCAAUCAAUAGAAUUUACCACAGGUGGACUCCAAUGAAGUUGUAGAAACAUCUCAAUGAUGAUCAAUGGAAACAGGAUGCACCGGAGCUCAAUUUCAUGUCUCAUAGCAAAGGGUCUGAAUACUUGUAAAUAAGGUAUUUCUGUAUUGUUUUUUGUAAAAAUUUGCAAACAUUUCUAAAAAUCUGUUUUCGCUUUGUCAUUAUGGAGUAUUGUGUGUACAUUGGGGAUUUUUUCAAAUGUAAUCAAUUUCAGAGUAAGGCUGUAACUUAACAAAAUGUAGAAAAGGUCAAGAGGUCUGAAUACUUUCCGAAGGCACUGUAUGUGAGAAGGAAAUUUGAAGUUUAAAGGAUGUUGAUGGAAUUGCAGUUUGAUUGUGGUUUUCUUCUCCAUUCCCUAAUGGAAAACUACAAACUAAGUAGUGGACUUUAAUUUCAGAGGCUGGCAAUUAGAUUCAUAUUCGACCUCCACUGGCUUAUCUACAGGAAACUACAUUUGAAUUGAAACCAUCCAUUCAUUCAUUCAUCCUGUAGAGCAAUGAGUAUAAAAUGCAUUGAUGAGUUUUUUAAUUGUAAUGUAAUGAAUUACAUAAACUACAAAAAGAUCUUGACUCAACUCACUCUUUGCUGAUUCAACCCAAUUAUCUGGAGGGAUUUAGACUUAAAUCACUUCCUUUUUCUCCUAUUCAAAAUCAUAUUCUCCACAUAUUAAGUCUUGUGUACAAGAUGAUGCGUUGCGUCAGCCUGUCCUGAAAUGCUAAUUCUGUCUUGGCCUUGUUCAUUUACUGCUGGAUGUAGACUCACUGUGCUUUGAAUUGGUCAAUAUGUAACAGAAAAUGAAAUUCGUAUAUCUGUCACAUAUCCUAAAUCAGAAUUGUGGUGAAUCAAAAAUUAUUCAAUUGAACUUUAUUCAAGUCAAACUGUAAACACACAGUGAGCCUUCACCAGUAUGCUGUAGCAUUAUUCCAUUUUAUUUUCCUGCUUUACGACUACAUCUUUAGUUUCGCUUCUUCUCU